AUGAAAACAGGUGAGACUUCAACCACGAAGGAAUGUCUGUUUAAACUUUCAAAACCUCAAAUUAAUGCAUUAAACCUCCAAGCAAACUCUCCAAGUGAAGAAAAAGAAAAACACCAUAGCUACAAACUUAGCAAUUACGAGGUACUAGCUGCGCACGUGUGGCGAACAGCAUGCAAAGCACGUGACUUAGCAAAUGAUCAAUUAGUGAAGCUUUACAUUCCAACUGGUGGACGGUCAAGAUUGAAGGAUCCAACACCACUACCACAAGGGUAUGUAGGGAAUGUAAUUUUCUACACUGCAUGUAUUGCGAAAACAUGUGAUAUCACGUGCAAGCCACUAUGGUACGCCGCAGGUAAAGUACACGAAGCUCUAAAGAACGUGGAGAAUGUGGAGUACUUAAGAUCAGCCGUGGAUUACUUGGAAUCACAGCCAGAUCUAACGCCUAUAGUUCGUGGGGCCCACACAGUUACAUGUCCGAACCUAACAAUAAACUCUUUUGGUAGGCUCCCAUUUUACGAAGCGGAUUUUGGUUGGGGCAAGCCGGAGUUUGCAGGUCAUAGUAAGCUGAGAUAUGAGGGUCAAACUAUCAUUGUUCCAAGCCCAAUUAGGGAUGGUAGCUACUCGGUUAACAUUAAUCUUUUUGCCGUGCACAUGCCUCUCUUCCGGAAAUACUUCUACGACGUUGGAAACCUACCCAACAAACUAUAGUCAUCUCCUCCAUACGUCAUACCGAUAACAUCUGAUUAUAAGGGUGAGUUUAUCCCUAGUCUUGAAAGGAGUUUCGAGGUGAGUCUCAAGUCUAAAUCUUGGGAUAAUGUGGUAAAAGACUACACUAAUUCUUGAAGUGAGUUUGAGAAUCCAAGACUCAUUCCAGACUCUACUUUUUUAUUCCUCCAAUCAAAUCAUUCCACAUCAUCAAACUUUAUUUAUCUUAUUUCACCCAACUAAAUUAUUGAUGGUUUAUUUAUUAUUUUGUUUCAUUUGCCUUCUAGAUCUUUUGAAUUUAAUAUGUUGUAUAAUUAUUUCUAACUUGUACGGAAUAUAUGUCAAUUUCGAAAUUAAUAUUUUAUGUUUUUUUACAUUUUUUUCUCGAAUUAUAAAUUACUUUGUCUUAGAUCUGAUUAACAUGGGCCUGGCCCGCUGGCCCGACCUGACCCGGUUCGAAAAUUGCCUGGUGUUGGGCAGAAGGCCCGACCCAGCCCGAUUUUUUUUAAAAAAAUUACGGCAUUUGGACAACGCAAAACAACAAUUUUAUUUAUAAAUUUGGCCUGACCCGAAAUUGGCCCGAAAAGCCCGCUAUUUUUAGCCCGAAAUAGCGGGUUAUGGGCAUACAAAAUUGGCCCGAAGCUUGGCCCGGUCUGCCCCGCCCCGACAUAAUGGACAAAUUUUUAUGUCCUCGACCCGGCCCGCCUUUUGAUCGGGUCUAAUUUGUUUAUAUAUAAGAAAACAUAGUUUCAAUAUUAUUUAGAAAAUGUACCAAAAAAUAAAUAUCUAUACAUAAAAUAUUAUUUUAAGAAGUGAGUUGAGUCUGGGGAUAAUGUGUAAAAUAGGGUAAGUUUUGUGUGAGUCUGGAUAAUGAAAAAGUUAGUGAAAAGCUGAUGUGACAGAGUCUGAAGAUUGAAAAUGCGUCUGGGGAUAAACUCACCCUAAGUUGGGUCUAAUUGUUACAAGUUGUAUUGGAUAAUGGUUUCUUCAGAGUGUGUAUCGAUCAUAUUUAAAAUAAAACUUCGACUCUCUUUUAUUUUUUUGUCUAAUUACAAAUCAAACUGGGUUAGUUUUUUAAAGUUUUUAGACCGUUAAUUCGUAGAUAUCAAGACCUCGAUCUUCUUAUGUAUAUUCCACUUUUAUAUAUUAGAUUAGAUUAGUUUUUGAUUUU